UGUCUUACUACUCACUUACUUGAGUAUUGAUUGCACAUAUAUCAAAAUAACAUUUGUGUCAUCAAUCUUAUCGUUAAUUGAUUUUCACCACUCACUCAUCACAUAUAUACCUCUCAUUUAUAAUAAUCAUAAAUCAAGAAAGAAAAAAAAAAACAUGAAAGUAAACAAUCCUUAUGUGGUUGUGAUAAUCAUACAAGCCAUAUAUGCUGCCAUGUUUCUUCUCUCAAAAGCUGCAUUCGACCAUGGAAUGAAUAAUUUCGUCUUUGUCUUCUAUAGACAGGCUUCAGCCACUAUUUUCCUAAUACCUUUUGCUUUCUUCUUUGAAUGGAAAAGUGCACCGCCUCUACCAUUCACAACCUUUUGCAAGAUCUUCUUCAUUUCUUUCAUUGGGAUAACAUCGAGCUUGGACAUAUAUGGUAUUGCCCUAAUAAACACUUCUGCAACUUUGGCUGCUGCUACUACAAAUUGUCUUCCAGUUAUUACCUUCUUUUUGGCACUCUUACUCAGGAUAGAAGUUUUGAGAGUAAAAACAACUGCUGGGGCUGCUAAGCUGGCUGGGGUUGUGGCAUGUUUGGGUGGAGCAGCAACCCUUGCUUUUUAUAAAGGUCCUCAUUUAGAACUUUUAAGCCAUUUUCACUUUUUUGGGUACCACAAAACCCAACAAAUUCAGGGUCACGUUCUAUCUGGGUCAUCAUCAUGGAUCAAGGGUUGCUUCCUCAUGCUUCUUUCAAACACCUUUUGGGGAAUGUGGCUUGUACUACAAACUUUUAUCAUAAAAGGGUACCCUUCAAAGCUGCUACUUACAACUCUUCAGUGUUCCUUAAGCUCAAUUCAGUCUUUGAUCAUAGCCUUGGCUGUAGAAAGAGACGUUGAACAAUGGAAGAUGGGUUGGAAUGUCAGACUCGUUGCUGUGUUAUAUUGUGGAAUUAUGGUGACUGGUGUAACAUAUUACUUACAAACAUGGGUUAUAGAGAAGAGAGGACCAGUGUUUCUAGCCAUGUCAAAUCCAUUAGCUUUAAUCAUGACUAUAUGCUCCUCUGCGAUUCUUCUGGGAGAGAUAAUUAGUUUGGGAAGCCUUUUAGGUAGCUGCGCUUUGGUUUUAGGACUGUACUGUGUGCUGUGGGGGAAAAGCAGAGAAGAAAUGCCCAAAGUUUCGUUAGAUUUGGAGCAAGCUUCGUGUUAGAGUGAAACUAACACGAGAUUAUUAUGGUAGAUAAAUAUUUAAAAAUUGUUGUAAAUUAUAAAAGCGAAUAGUAUUGUUCUUUGGAAGAAAAAAUUCAUUACAUUAAUCGUUAUUAUGAUUAAAAUGAUGACUCAAUUUGGGUCAGACAAAAAAAAUAAAGAAAACAAAUAUCAAGAUCUCAAAACUCACUUAUAUCCAA